AUGGAGACUUUGCUCAAAAGUUUCCAGGCGCUGGGUUUCAAGGGAGCUUUCUCGCUUGGAUUGAUCGACCAUCGGCAUGUCCUCGUUCGUUUCAACCAAGAGGAAGACUACCUAUGCUGCUGGUUGAAGGGUGUGUGGUCUCUCCAAGGGUUUGUCCUGCGUAUCUUUAAGUGGACUCCGUCCUUCUCAGUCGAUUCCGAAUCGCCUCUUGCCCCAAUAUGGGCUUCCUUGCCGCAGCUUCCAGUGCACCUCUUCAACAAAGGCCCCCUUUUUUCCAUUGCACGGCUACUAGGUGAGCCACUAGAAAUUGAUGCCUUAACAGCCUCCCUUAAUCGCCCCAGCAUGGCGCGAUUCUGCGUCGAAGGGAACCUGCAGCAGGUUUUGCCGGACAAGAUCUGGAUUGGGAAUGGCGCGUCUGGAUUUUGGCAAGCAGUGGAAUAUGAAAGCCUGUCGGGGUAUUGGUCGGUGUGCCGUAAGCUUGGCCAUCUCUCCACCUCUUGUCGGAGCUUGGCGGCCACGGGACAGAAGCUGAACUUACCUCCCAGAAACGCUGCAACUGUUAACGCUGGAGUGGGCCUCAAGAUAGCAACCAGUGCUGCCAAGGAGAACCCCCCUUCCAGGUCAGAACCAUCUUCUACCCUCCAGCCCCUUGGCUGA